UGGUAUCUGACUCGCUUUCGCUCGUCAGAUACCAGAACUAUUCACUCGUUUCAUAAAAUUGGUAUUACACGGGAGCUCGUUUGGUAUUCUAUAUUGAUGUGUACAUAGUAACAAUACAACGUCACGUGUUGGUUGCUCACGUGCUGGUAGCCACGCCCAUCGCUCACUUCAUACGGCACAGAUCUCGGAUGUACUGAACGUUUAAGGAUCUGACACUCAGUCGAAGACAGAACAAGGAAGUCGGUUACGAAACAGAUUUGUAAACUCUUGGACUGACCUGGCAUUAUGAACACCCCUGUGUCGAGUGCUCACAUCUCCCGAUGUGAGGAGAUCUUGCAUUUACUUGGAAACGCAACAUCUGAGGAAAACAGAGAAGGAGACUGUACACUUGUACAGAAGGCAAGAAAGGAUCUUGAGAAGAUAAGGCAACAUGGUGAUCCUCCAGAAAUUACAGUAGCUGUAUAUGGAGACACUGGGGCAGGCAAGUCCUCCCUGUUGAACGCCCUGUUGGAUCAGCCGUCCUUGUUGCCUACGGCUGGAAUGGGAAGAGCAUGUACAUCGAAUGUCAUAAAAAUAGAAGAAAACAAAACAAGCUCUGAUUUUGAAGCGGACAUUGAGUUUCUCACUGCAGAGGAAUGGAGGAAAGAACUCAAUGUUUUAAAGGGUGACAUGGGACAGAAUGAUGGUGACAACGAUGAGGAUGCUGAAGUGUACGAUGAAGCUCAUGCAAAGGUUGCUGCAGUGUAUGGUGACUUUGAGCUUAGAAACCUCGAUACCCUGUUAGAUGAUGAUACUGAAACAGCGAAACUGCUUGGAACUGUCCCGAAACUGAGUGACUCGUGUGCAAGAGACCUACAGGACAAGAUCAGCACAUACAGUGAGACAACUGAUGAUGACUGUCAGUUCUGGCCAUUAGUGAAACAAGUGGUUCUGAAAGUACCAGAUUCAGGCCUGUGUCGGAGCGGCGUUAACUUGGUUGACCUCCCUGGAGUCGGAGAUUCAAACCCAGCAAGAGAAAAUGUUGCCAGAAAGUACAUGCAAACCUGUGAUGUGCUGCUGGUCGUUACGAAAAUUCAGAGAGCUGUUGACAACAAAACAGUCAAGCAUACUUUAGGGGACAAACUAUUUCGUCAGCUGUUGAUGGACCACACUAAGACAGUUGUAGCCUGUACACAAGCAGAUGAUGUCAAACCGUCAGAGGUCAUCAGAAAACUGAAGUUACCACAGGCAGCAGAGUGGACAGCCGAAGGUCAGCGAUACAAGAAGGAGGAACAAGUCUUGCAACAAAAGUUAGCAGAUUUAAAGAGGGACAAACAGGUGGAUUGCAGUAGUGAAAGUCAAGAAAACUCUCUUAUCCAGCAGCAACAACGUCUUCAUGCGGCAAUAGACCAGUUAAAGAGAGAGAAAACAUCAACGUGUGCUGUUAAAAGGAACGAGUUUGUCAGGAAUAAUAUUCUGCAUAAAAUAUCAAGCCCGUACACUCCUCAUGAUCAAGACUAUCCCCAUGACCUGAAGGUGUUUUGUGUCAGUUCCAGUGACUAUAUCAAUCUAAGCAACCUUCUCACUUGUGACGACGACGAUGACGACAAGCCCCCAGUGUUUCUGUCAACAGAAGAUACCGAAAUCCCCGGUUUAAGAACCUAUCUGCAGGAGCUAGUUUGGGAAAAGCAGAAAAAACACGGGAUGUCUCUGCAAAAUGAUUUCCAGGCAAUCAUAGAUGGUAUACUGAUGUAUCUGAUCAAUUCCAAAAGAGGAAGGAAGGCCCUUAAGGAAGAGCUGAAAUGUCAUCUUGACACAUUACAAAAAGAAGGACAAUUAAUACUAAGGGAGUUAGACUCCCACCUGCAGUCGUCAUGGUUUGCCGUCCUGGAUGCAGCUCUUGAUGAAGCAACACAGGAAGCGAUAAGAUGGGCAAACCCCACAGUUGAAUUGUGGGCAAGACCGGUAAACAAGAGACAGAGAGGACAGGGAGGGUUGCAUAGCAACACCUACAAGGCAACUGUGCGCCGAUUUGGAAUCUUUAGAGCAACUAGGAUUGGAUACAUCAUUAAUAUGAAUCAAGACCUUGCAGAUCCGUUUGUAGAGAUUCUCUCGAAGGAAUGGACGCCUCGUUUCAGUGAACAGGCAUGGAUUGAAACUGUGAAAAGCAAAAUAAAAGAACCUGCCUCCAUCGCCAUAACUCGCUGCACAGAAGCCAUCAUAAAAUCCCUUGGUGACAGUGACGCAACACUUCUAAAGGAUCUGACUCAGUUGAAGACAGAUACAUUUAGAAAAUUAACAAGACUGGAUUCACUCUGGGAGAAAACAAUAGACAGGCAACAAAGAGCAGUAACGCACAUGAUUACAGACUUCAUACAGGAACAAAUGCAGAGCGCAUACGAGCAAUGUAUGAAGGAAGAAGGUCCCGGGGCUAUCAACAGAAUCAAAGCCUUCAUGGCAAGCACCAUUGACCAGUUGAAGAGUAACAUGUUUCAGCAGCUCAAGGAAAAGAUCACAGUGUCUCUGGGUCAACUGAAGAAUGGUUUUAUGAGUGAAGCGAAGGAAAUUCUGGAGGACAUUGUUGAAGACACUGAGAAGCAGAUUAUGCCUCUGUGGCAGACACAGGAUGAACCCAUCUAUUUGGAAACUCUGGAAAAAUCUGAGGGUUUGAUCCAAACUCUCAGUGAAGAUUUUGCAAAGUACAAAAACGGUCUGCAUGAACCAGACUGUCAUCAGAGCAGCAGUUCGUUGAAGAGACAAGCUGGUGAUAUUCCAACUUUCCCCGUGCCAGGGUCGAAACUCGUAAAACUGAGCGAAGAACGCGAAAAAUCUGGUCCGGAAUAAUUCCCAUGGCAAUAACCUACAUGGUCAUGCUGCAUCAGGUACAUUGCAAGCAGAAGGAUUUACAGAUGUAUGGAACUCCUCGAUUAAUGUAUAUCAUGAUUAGGUGCUCCUCUGAGAAUGAAAUAGUAGAAGUUACUGCGCUAUUAAUCCUUGGUUUAUUUAGAAAUAUUCAUAUUCCUCUUCAACUAUGUAACACUAUUUCAACGUUAACACGUAUGCAUUUCUUUCUUACAUGUGCAUUAUUACGUUUUGAAUAUGUUCAUGUAUCCUUCCCGGCAAACAUGCCGAAUAAUAAGGUCCAUCAAAUGUUCUAUCAUUUUGUCAUCAUGCUGUUGAAUACUCACAUUCACAUCGUGUAUGUAGCUUAUCAAAAACAUAAGCUGGAAUCUUCAAAAUUCAAUUCUUUGAAUUUCCAUUGGAGCACUGGGUCAUGACCUUCAUGUCCUACUUCUGUUCUUGUCCAUCAAUGUAUAUCAUGAGGUUGUCCUCUCUGCAAGAUAGAGUAGGAAGUUACUGACCUUUUAAUCCGUAGUUUAAUUGCCUUUGUUUAUAUUCUUCCCUUCAACUAUAAAACACUAUGUCAACACGUGUCUAUAAUUUUCUUCAAUUUUCAUUAUUAAAUUUUCAAUGGUUAAAUUAGGACAGUCCCCCCAAAAUGCAUAUGAGAAAUGUUUAAAUUUUGAAUACAUUUUGCUCCAAGAAGUCGAAAUGACGGAAUAGUUACCAUACUCGUAUAUGGAUGGAUGUAAUAGCUCAUAUUGUCCUUAAAAAGUUUUGGCCAAUGGAAAUGCGUAAUGGGGCACAGGACGUGUUAAAAAGGCUCAACCGUGGGCAAACUUAGUGUUUAAUCGUGACUGAAUUAUUACAGUACGAAUACACUGUAUCAACUUGAAACAGUAAUAAUAUAUUUAAAAUUAUAUUUAGAUCUGUUUUAGCUACAGUGAUGUGUGGUUAAACUCGGAUUCCAAGUUGGGGAAGAUUUUGAACAGGUUUUCAUACUGAGGGUGGAAAACGCAAUUGUAUACUGGAUUUGAUUUAUUUGAAUUCAAUUUUGUAAUGUAUUGCAGUGAAGUUUAUUGCGACGCUGUUCGAGUGAAGGUUCACCAGCCUCCACAUACAAACUGACAGAGCCUUAGGCCUUUAUGGUGUAUAGUGUCCAAUUUUUCUAAAUUGCUUUUGCAGGCUCCACCAUAGACAAUUGAACCAUAGUCCAGUUUGGAGACUAUUAGCGAUCUGUACAAGUGAAGUAGGGUUGUCUGAUCCCCUACCCACUCGGGAUUUGAAACGACUUUCAACAAGUCGAGAGCCUUCAGGCACUUUGCCUUUAGAUAUUUGAUGUGUGGUAAGAAUGUCAGAUGACGGUCAAAUGUGGGGCCCAGGAAUUUGGCCGCUUCUAUCACCUUGAUCUAAAAAUAAAACUGGAUCCUUAUUCGGUUUGUAUUACGACAACAGCGAAUAGAGUUUCGUUUGGAUUUAGAAAAUUUGAAGCCGUUUUCGUUCGCCCAUUUUUGAAUUUUGUUAAGACAGAGCUUUAGCUGUCUUUCUAUUGUAUUCAUAUUCUUACCACAAGACAUGUUGAAAUCGUCCUCAAAAAGUAAACCAUCAACGCUAUUCUUUAAUACUUUAGUAAGACGAUUAAUUUUGAUGCAGAAACGUGUGUUUGAUAGUAAGCUGCCUUGAGGGACGCCCUGAUCUUGAUUGAAAUGAUCAGACAGGGUAGAGCCCACUCGUACUUGAAAUUAUCUGUUGUUUGAAAAUUGAGAUAUAAACAGUUAAUCUGCCCCUCAAUCCAAAUUCAUGCAAAUCUUUUAAAAUACCAUGUUUCCACGUUGUAUCAUAUGCCUUCUCUAGAUCAAAUGGUCGUCACAUCUCACACAGCUCAUUCAACAAAUUAAAUGUUUGUUUUAUUUAAUCUAUAUAAUUUUUAAACUGUCUACAUAUUCAGGAAAAAAACAUUUGUUAUAGAAUCAUGGUUAACUGUCUUUGGGAAAAUGUCAUCGGACGUUAAAAACUAUUUCCAUUUGAAUUAAUACACACAGAAGGCCCCUUCUAAAUAUACCUUAAAUAGGGGUAUCUCUUCAUUCAAGUAACUUAGGUAGUUACGUCCCCACUUCACACAGUAAGUUGAAAUAGGUGAGGUGAGGUGAGGUGAGGUGAAAUGGGAUUUAACGUCGCGUCCAAGACUAUUGCACGACGUGCAUGUACGUGUGUGUGUUUGUGUGGCUGCAUGUACUAGUCUGGACUGAUGCCGAUUUAUAGUGCUAGCUCACUGAGAUACCAUGCCGCAGUUUAACAUGAAUACCCCACUCAGACACAGUAUACUGACUCCGAGCCGACCAGUCCUUGUUUUAGCCCCUUAAUGCCGAGCGCCAGACAGGGUAACAACAAGUACCAUCUUUAAACGUCUAGUUGAAAAAGGACGAUAACUCUAUCAAACAUAGUUUACAGCACCAAUUCUCGAAUCUGACAAGUAUCUCUCAGAUAGUUAUAUAAGUUAUAUAAUAAGUUAAGAAUUUUCUGAGAAAACUUGUCUCCAUUUCACUUAAAAUGCACUUAGUUGAAAAGCAUGCAGCAUGCAGGCACUUCAGGAACUCUUUGUGGCACUAGAGCAGUGACAGAAGAUCCCCCGGGCUGUUAUUCGGACUUUGAUCGGAUCUGUGGGCUGUCGCUGCCAUGAGGUGAUAGAAGCUCGAGGAGGCCAUGAUCGUCACUGACUUUCCACCUACCCCUUUGCACCUGUAUUGUACAGCAAUAAUUUACCUAUGCAUUCCACCAUUUGUAAUAUUUAUGAAAUCGAAACUCGAAAAAUAAACCCAGUUGCAAUCCUGA